UGGCUGUAACCAACAAAUAAAAUUAUAAAAACAUUUAUAUUAAUAUAUAUUUAAUAAUAACGUAAUAAUUACGUUUUUUAUUUAUUAAACAAACACAAAUGAAGAUACACAAAUGUGAUUAGUAAAAACUGUAAAAAAAAUGGACAUAGACAAUCAGAGUGAGGACGGUGAAAUAAAAAAAAGUCCAAUGAAAGAUAUUGAUGAUUUUAGUUUCUCAGAGGAGGAAGCAGGUGAUACUGCUGAUUCGUUGGAUAUCAAACCACCACAGGCAGCUCUACGUUUACGUAAAUCGACGUCCUCGAGAAGACGAGAGAAACAUGGAGAGAGACGUGAUAGGCGCGAUGACAAAGAUCGCAAGUCGAGGCACCACGACCGGGAAGAUCGGCGCAGAGAAAAUAAACACAGGCACCGUAGACACGGUUUGGAAUCAGCGUCUGACGGGUCUAAGAGAGAUCGUGACAGAUUAGAACGCUCUGAGAGACUCGAUUCUCACUCUCGAAGUGCUGCUACCAGUGACAGAGAGUCAUCUAGGCAUGAAAGGAAAGAAAGGAACACUGGUGAUCGUGUUCUUGAAGAUUUACGUACUAGGAACUUCGUUUCAAGAUUACUUGACAAAAGACGUGAAAGACGAGAUGAUCCAAGGGAUUUACGUGAAUAUAAACCGGAAUCACGUCGGGAGUUGCGUUUAGAAGAGUCGCGUGAACCUCGAGACCGCCGAGAUAUGAGAAUGGAGGAUACGCGCGACAGACGGGGUGAUGUAAGGAUGAUGAUGAAUGACGGCCGAGGAGGAGGCGGACGAAUGGACGACCGGCGUCAUCUACAGAAUAUAGAUGAUCCGUAUCCUGAAAAUGAGUUGAUGGAGGAGCGAUCGAACAGAGAGAAGCGGCAUAAGCGGAAUCACAAGUACGACAGAGCGCGCGAUCGGGAUAGAGAUAAAAACGACCGCGAACGCGAACACCGCGAUAAACAGAUGCGCGAAUCAAUGAUGGAGGGUAUACAGAUCCAUGAUAUUGAAGAAUUGGAUCUCAAUGACUUGCCGCUGCAGCCCAAAGACAUUAAGGAACUUAACGAGCAGGAAAUGCGCAAGGAGAGGUACCUUAAACUACUGGAAGCUGAUCGGGAAAUGGUCAGGAGGAAGGAAGUUUCUAGAAUAGAAUUACAAGCAAGGAGAUUAAAGAGAGGGGAAAAACGUCCACAUAGUCCAGAUCAUAAUCAUGAUCAAAUUGUUGAGUUGACUGACGAUAGUCUUAGUCCUGUACAAUCAGAUGAUGACCAGUCAAAAUCUCCAAAAUCUCAAGGAAGGCAUUCGUCAGAAGACCGCCACAGCGGUCGAGACAAAUCAUCGGAUAGACAUACGUCAGACUCGUCAGACACGAGUAGCGAUGAUGACGAUGACGAUGACGAUGACUCGAAUGACACGAACAAGGGGUCCAACGACGACUCUAACGACGGGUCUGACUAUUACAACAACCCUAGUCCGCUUUCUGUCGAGCGACUCACCAAGUCAGACCACUCUGAUGGAGGAUCUCCAGGACAUAUCGAGUCGAACGGCACAACCAAAGAACCCGAAGGGGUGAAAAUUGUAGUAAAAGAAGAAAAAGAACCCGAGCUACCUCCAUACUUACCUGCCAUCCAAGGAUGCCGUAGCGUAGAAGAGUUUCAGUGUCUGAACCGCAUCGAAGAAGGUACUUACGGUGUUGUAUAUCGGGCACGUGAUAAACGCACAGAAGAAAUAGUCGCGCUGAAAAGAUUGAAAAUGGAGAAGGAAAAGGAAGGGUUUCCUAUUACUAGUCUAAGGGAGAUAAAUACGUUGUUGAAAGCGCAGCAUCCGAAUAUUGUUACCGUCCGCGAGAUUGUCGUCGGCAGCAACAUGGACAAGAUAUUCAUCGUGAUGGACUACGUAGAGCACGACCUGAAGUCUCUGAUGGAAACGAUGAAGCAGAAAAAGCAAAACUUUUUGCCCAGCGAAGUAAAGUGUCUUAUGCAGCAGUUGUUGAAAGCAGUAGCGCAUUUACACGACAAUUGGAUCCUCCAUCGCGAUUUAAAAACCUCAAACCUGCUGCUGAGCCACAGGGGGAUCCUCAAGGUCGGUGAUUUUGGAUUAGCCAGAGAAUAUGGAUCACCUCUGCGCCAAUACACUCCAGUUGUGGUGACUCUUUGGUACCGUGCGCCAGAAUUAUUGCUAAAUGGCAAAGAAUACAGCACGCCUAUCGACAUGUGGUCUGUAGGAUGCAUAUUCGCCGAGCUGAUACGCAUGGAAGCUCUUUUUCCCGGGAAAUCCGAGAUUGAUCAACUGCAAAAAAUCUUUAAAGAACUGGGCACUCCCAGUGACCGUAUUUGGCCUGGUUACUCAAAGCUGCCAGUCGUCUCUAAGAUACCUUUCGCACAAUCUUAUCCGGUGAACAAUUUAAGACAGCGAUUCAGUUUGAAGUUAUCUGACAACGGAAUUGAACUGCUGAAUAAAAUGCUGACCUAUGAUCCGGCGCAACGUAUGACUGCUGAGGACGCUCUUCAGCAUACUUACUUUACGGAGACUCCGCUGCCAAUAGACCCCGCGAUGUUCCCUACCUGGCCUGCCAAGUCGGAGCUUGGCAUCCGUGCGACUACUAAUGCUUCUCCUAAGCCACCCAGUGGUGGCAAAGAGUACAAACAGCUUGGGGACAAUGACGAUGCUGAGAUCAAUGCUUCGGGUGGAUUUCAUAUGGGUCUUAUGGAAAGCGGCCGCGGCGCAGCGCCUGUCGGUGGUGGUUUUCAUCUCAAGUUUUGAUUCCGUGUGGUAGUACAUCGACAUUCCAAUUUCAAUGGAAUAGAACGCACUGAUAUAAUUUAUUAAUAAAAAAUACUUAUGAUCGGAUUUAUUAUUUAAAAUUUUAAAACGAAAAAAGUAAUGUAACAGAACAAUGAAUUUAUUGACGUCUACUGGAAUUUAUUUCAUACUUUAUUUUAUACUUUUUAAUUAUUUUUACUACUAUUAAAUAGAAAAACAACAUACAUAUAUCGAUGCAAAGGUAAAAAAUAAAAUAGUGUAAAUAUAAUUAACUUAUAAAUUGAUUGAUUGAGUGAUAAAUCGAUCAAAUAAAUAACCUGUAAGAUACUUUUAAUAAAAGUAUCGUAUGUUGCAGUUAUAUGUGUAAUAAAUGUGUGUAUCGUGUACAGAAUUAAAGUUAAAAAAUAAAAGCAAGGAUUUAUAUACUUAUAAAAAAUAUAAAUA